AUGGAUAAACUUCCUCAAAAGAUUGAUGGUGAUGUGUUACAGAAUAGCAACUUGAUGGUACGUAUACAUAAGUUGGUAUGGAAUGUUUUUAUCACUCCUGCCAUGUUUAAGAAGCGAUGGGAGUUAUUGAUGAAUGAUUGCAACUUGCAACAUCACAAGUGGUUGUCUGAUAUGUUUUCUGUUAGAGAUCAGUGGGUCCCAGGUUAUUUUAGGGACAUACCGAUGUAUUGUUUAAUGAAAACCACGUCUAGAUGUGAAAGUUCAAACACACUUUUUAAGGUAUACUAUAGCGCAUCCCAUACUUUGGUUCAGUUUAUGUUGUGUUUUGACAUGAAAAUUGAUGGUCAAUGCUACCAGCAAUGGGUUUUUGAGCAUAAAAUCGAUUCAACAUCUCCCGUCUUAUCCACUCCGUUACCUAUAGAAGCACAUGCAGCACUUGUAUACACCAGAAGCAUUUUUAAUGAGGUCCAAAAGGAGAUAUCUAAAGCCUUAUUAUCAUGUAUGAGUGGUAGACCUGAUGUCGUUGAUGGUUAUGAACAUUAUACGGUUUCUCACUUUGAAAAAGGGACCGCUAAGAUCAAUCUGAGUGAUAAUUCAGUUACAUGCUCAUGUAUGUUAUUUACACGCAUUGGAUAUCCAUAUCGUCAUGUUUUUUCUGCAUACCGAUUUGGAGGCAUAAACAAAAUUCCUGACAAGUAUAUAGCUCCAAGGUGGAAAAAAGAUGCAUUGCCUAAGAAAGUGUUCAACAUUGAAUUCCGUUAUGGUGUUGACAACUCAGAAAACUUUAAGCUUAGGUCAGAGGCGCUAAAUUUAGCUCAACAAUGUGGUGACCGAGUACAGGGUGAUUCAGUAAAGCUUGCUUGGUUUGUGGAACAAAUCAAGGCUAUUAAGAACAAAAUUUUUGAAGAGGUCCUAAGUGAUCCAAGUUCUAAGAAUAGGGGUGAUGUCUUUGAAGAAUUGGUUGGAGAAUCACAACCUGCUAGUGUUUCUUUUGUGGCUCCCCAAGGUAUUAGGAAUAAAGGAUGUGGGAAAUCUCGUCGUUUGAUUGGCCCGGGAGAGAAAGCCAAGGUUAAGAGCAAAAAGGAAAAAAGGAAUUGCAAAUUGUGA